CCUCGCUGCUAUCUCUGGUUGGACGGGGAAACAUCAAAAGGGGGAUCCGUCACCUUCGGAGCUGGGAAUUUCUCACUCCAGACUCUGCUCUUGAAAUCACUCUGAGCAAAAACUGUAGGGGAGACAUGUCCACAUGAAUUGCUCAGUCAUCUGAAGCCUCAGCAGGGAUACCAGGAACACAGGCUUUCCCUGUUUCCUCUCAAAUUGGUAGUUCCGGAAGCGGCUCAAGUUCCAGGAAGAAAGAUGCCUUCUCGGUGUCCCAGUAAGAACCAGGCUCCUCCACACUGGACUCUGUUGGCCAUACUUUCCGCUCUUGCAGUGGGAACAGCAGCCUGCCCCUCCUAUUGCAUCUGUGACAACAUCCAGGGCGUGGUGACCUGCAUAAAGAAACAGCUCACGGAGAUCCCCGUCACCAUACCAGAGGGUACUAAGCAGCUUGACAUCAGAGGGAACAACAUUGAAAAAGUUCCAACUGGGGCAUUCCUUCCUAUUCCCUACCUUACUCACCUCAACCUCCAGAAGUGUAAGAUCAAGCAGCUUCAAGAAGGUGCUUUCCGUGGCCUUGGCCGAUUGGUCACUCUCAAUCUGGGGUCCAAUUACAUAGAAUUCAUCUACCAGGAGACCUUUGAUGGGCUCUUCUCUCUGCAACAACUCAUCAUCGACAACAACAUGAUCGAGGAGAUCAAACCCGGCGCAUUUGCUCAACUGGGAUUUCUAAACUUUUUAAACCUGGAAGGGAACUUCUUGGUCUACUUGCCUCCUUUGCUCUUCCAAGGUCUCCAGCAGAUUAAGUACAUGCGCUUGUCCAAGAAUAUGAUCAACAAUAUUGCAGAUGAAGCCUUCGCUGGCCUAUGGACACUAAAGAGACUGAACCUGGACAAAAACGAGCUGCAGUUUUUGCCAACAGAAGCAUUAUCCAGGCUCACGACUGUGACCAGAUUGGAUCUCAGCCAGAAUCCAAUGACCUACCUUGGUGAAGAAUCACUGCGGAUGCGUUCGCUGAAACACCUGACGAUGGACAACAUGGCCCUUCAGGAUGUGUCUCACACUGCAUUUCAGCACAGCCCAAUGUUAUCAGUUAUCGACUUACACAACAACCAGCUCCAGAAGAUCCAGCCCCUGGUCGGGCUCGAGUCCUUGAGGGUGCUCAACCUAACGGGCAACCCGGUCCAGUGCAACUGCUUCAUGAGACCUUUCAGGGAAUGGAUGGCCAACCACACGAAGCUGAAAGCCGCAGUGUUCUGCGGUGCCCCGGGACUGUACGAAGGGGAUAGGCUGGAUUCUCUGCGCCCAGAUGACCUGAGGUGUGACAGCCGACCGGUAGACCCUAAGGAGGAGGAGGAACUCACCCAGGCGAACAAGCCUGCAGCAAAUAAUCAGGACAGUGGCCCAUGUCCAGACCACUGCAUCUGCAAGCAUGACCUGCAGCACGCCAGCUGUGAGGGGAAGGGUUUACGCAGGAUCCCAAGGGGCUUUCCCACUGACACUCACCUUCUGGACAUGCGCUACAAUGACUUCCACCUCGUGCCCAAGGCCUCCUUCCCGGACAUGAAGCAGCUCGUUUCCCUUCACUUACAGAACUGCAGAAUUCACGAGAUUCACGCCGGCGCGUUCCUUGGUCUGAAGAAGCUCAUUUACCUGUACCUGUCUUCUAACGAGAUUACCAGUCUCCAGCCGGAAACCUUUGAAGGACUUCCCAAGCUGACGUACCUUUAUCUGGACCAUAACGAGCUGUCAUCGAUACCCAAGGGUGCAUUCAGGCUCCUGCCCGGCCUCUUUGCUCUUCACCUCGAGUACAAUCCCGUCCCUCAGCUGACUGACGAGAACAUGCAAGGGGCAGAGAAGCUACGAUGGCUCUACCUGAACGGCAGCAACCUCACCUACAUUUCCCCAACUGCUCUCCACCCCAUGGUUCAGCUUCAGAAGCUGUUCUUGGAUGAGAAUAAGCUGACGGCAGUUCCCACCGUCGCGCUGAUGAAGUUGUCUGCCUUGAAUGAACUGAAACUAUCCAGCAAUCCCAUUAAGCAGAUCGGGAGUGGCGCCUUCCUGCCAAUGGCAGGGUCUCUCCAACAUCUAUGGCUGAAUGACAUGGGUUUGGAGCAGAUUUCUGAUGGGGCCUUUGAUGGAGUGAGCACAGGGCUGCAGAGCCUCUACCUGGGGAACAACAAGCUGAGCUACAUCCCCAGCUUGGAAAAUUUCAGAAGCCUGCACACCAUCGACCUGUCCAACAAUCCUUGGCACUGUGACUGCCCGCUCCUCCACCUCCACAGGUGGCUUGAAAACACCAAUCUGAAGGUCCGUGCUGUGUGUAACCUCCCACAAAACAUGACAGGCGUGAGUGUGAAAAACGCUCCCUUUAAGAACUGCAAAGGUGACCUACCUGAGAAGAAAAACUCCUCAAAGAAGAGUAAAGCAAGUGGAAUGGGAGACACGCGCAAAACCAUCAACAGGAAGAAAUCAAAGCAAACAGACAAGGCAGUGAAGAAAAGCAGAAAGUCCAGGGCACAAUAGACCAGUGGUAGACUGCGUGAACAGAGAGUGGCGUGGCAGAGAGUGAGGUGGAGCUGGCGUACUUAAAUGGUUUGUGUUUAUCCCCUGACCCUUGUGCUUAGUCUGUAUAUCUGCUGUUUUAGAAGGGCUGCAGUUGGGUUUGGAAUUGGUUUACGGUGAAAAGCUUUUCUUGCAUACUGUUCACACAGAUCCAUUCAUUGCACGGUGCAUCGAGGAAGAACAAGGUAAAACGAUGCAGAAUAAAGUGUAAUUUAGAUUUUAAGAUGUAGAGCGAUUGUGUUAGAAGCAAUGAGUGGAUCUGUAGGAAGAAGCCCCCACGAUCCAGUGGCAUCUGUAUUAAGGAGACAUGACAUUGUCUGCAAUGAAGAAUUAAUAAUAGUGAUGAUGUUGAUUUCCAGGCUAAGCUUCCUUCAGGUUUGGAGAUGACUCGUUCUUUUAAAGUGGCAGUCACACUGCAAGUAAAAUCUCUGUACACGAAAUGUCCCAUCACUGGAUCCCAUACACAGUGCCUUGGUUUUCUGGAAUUGUCGUCUGGAAUAUUGACGAUGAUUUCUUUGGUU